AUGGAUGACAAAUACGGUAGGUCUUGGCUUGCAAGACCAGUAACCCGUAACGAGAAAGAAAUGAACACAACAUUAGCUAUUGAUUUGGAUGCAAUAAAUGAUCCUUACAAGUUGCCUACAGAAGUUUUGAACACUGCAGUGAGUGCAAGGAGGUUGUCUGAUUCGGUGAAUAUAUGGAGGAGUUACAGUGACACGAGUUUCGAAUAUAAAGUAUAUCUUCAUUUCUUCGACUUUGAAGAAAGGGUAGAUAACAGUGAGAAAAGGAUAAUGAACAUUAUUGUUAAUGGCUUUGGUGACGGUGUUGAUGAGAAUAAGAAUAAUGUCACAAAAACCAUCAGCCUUUCGCACCGUGACCCUCUUACCGUCCCACUUACCGUAGAACAGGGGAUGGGAAUCAAUAACAUUUUCAUUAAAGCCACCUCUCACUCUCACUUACCUCCCAUGCUCAAUGCUUAUGAGAUUUAUAGAGUGAUUCCUCAGUCUGCUUCAGCCACGCACCAAGACGAUGUGGAUGCUAUCCAACGCAUCAGAGAUAUCUAUAAGAUCUCCAGAAUCAAGUGGCAAGGAGACCCCUGCGGACCAAAGGGUUUUACAUGGGAUGGUCUCACUUGUAAUACCAAUGAUCCUCCCAGAAUCAUCUCAUUAAACUUGAGCUCAAGUAAAUUGUCCGGCGACAUAGAUUCCACAUUCUCCAACCUUGCAAAUUUAGAGAUUUUGGAUCUGUCAAACAACGAAUUGGUGGGACAGGUUCCAGAAUUCUUCGCCAAGUUACCACAAUUGAAGAUCCUGAAUAAUCUCACAGGUUCCAUUCCUGGUGCUCUCAUAGAGAAGUCAAAUUUGCAAUUGAGUUUGGAAGGAAAUGGUGGUAUAUGUGAGAUAGGAUCAUGCGAAAAGAAUAAGAAUAUUGUUCCAGUAGUUGCAACUAUAGCAUCAGUUGUUGUCUUUUUAAUAAUAGUGGGCAUAGUUAUGGCGAUUCGGAGAUCACUCAGAAAAAAUGAAGGAGGGAUAUCUUCGACUUCAAAUAAAGAGCAAUUAAAAUUGAAAAAUCAAACAUUUUCUUACUCACAGAUUCAUGAUAUCACCGAUGGUUUCAAAACAAUGAUUGGAAAAGGUGGAUUUGGUGAAGUUUAUCUUGGUACUUUGCAAAGUGGCGAAAGAGUUGCAGUAAAGACACUUUCUUUAUCAUCAAAUCAAGGUUAUAAACAGUUUAAGUCCGAGGCAAAAUUUCUAACACUUGUUCAUCAUAGAAAUGUGGUUUCUCUUGUGGGGUAUUGUGAUGAAGGUGAUGCUAAAGCACUUAUUUACGAAUAUCUUUCAAAAGGAAAUCUCCAAGAACAAUUGUCAGAUAAAAACUUGAAUGUCUUGGGAUGGAAAGAGAGACUUCAAAUUGCCUUAGAUGCAGCAAGCGGAUUGGAUUAUCUGCAUAAUGGAUGCAAGCCACCUAUAAUUCAUAGAGAUUUGAAAGGCUCCAACAUCUUACUUGAUGAAAACAUGCAUGCCAAGAUUUCAGACUUUGGAUUGUCUAGAACUUUUGCAAAUGACAAUGACACUCAUGUCUUAACUAAUUACCCCGGUGGCACACCAGGUUACCUUGAUCCUGAGUAUCACUCCUCGGGGACUCUUAAUAAAAGAAGUGAUGUUUACAGUUUUGGGGUAAUUUUGUUAGAGCUAAUUACUGGUCAACCAGCAAUAAGAGGAACUCCUGACAAACCUAGUCACAUACAUUAUUGGGUUAAACUCAAACUUGAAGCUGGAGAUAUCCAUGCUAUAGUUGAUCCAAGAUUAAAAGGAAAUUACAGUGUCGCUUCAGCUUGGAAAUUUUUGGAGAUAGGUAUGUCUUGUCUUCCAGAUGUUGCCAUCCAAAGGCCUGACAUAAGUCACAUAACCUCAGAACUAAAGGAUUGUUUGUCUUUGGAAGUAUCCCUUCAAAGGAAUGUGAGCAACAAAUUAGAUUCAUUCCUCAUGGAUUAUACGCUGAUUGAUUUCAAUGAAUCUGAUAUAGUUCCAAAUCCUAGGUAG